AUGGCUGCAGCAGUUUACAUUCGCAUCAGCAGUUUUCUCCACAUCCUCGCCAUGCCUGGAGCUUUCCGCUUGGCCCUCAUCCAACUUCAAGUUUCUUCCAUCAAAUCGGAUAAUCUCACUCGAGCUUGUGGCCUUGUCCGGAAGGCAGCCGCACAAGGAGCAAAAAUUGUUUCCCUGCCAGAAUGCUUUAAUUCUCCAUAUGGCACAAACUAUUUUCCUGAAUAUGCAGAGAAAAUUCCCGGUGAAUCCACACAGAAGCUCUCAGAAGUAGCAAAGGAGUGCAGCAUAUAUCUCAUUGGAGGUUCCAUUCCUGAAGAGGAUUCUGGGAAAUUGUAUAACACCUGUGCCGUAUUUGGGCCUGAUGGAGCUUUACUGGUAAAGCACAGAAAGCUCCAUCUGUUUGACAUUGAUGUUCCUGGGAAAAUCACAUUUCAAGAAUCUAAAACAUUGAGUCCUGGUGAUAGUUUCUCCACAUUUGAGACUCCUUACUGCCGAGUGGGCCUAGGCAUCUGCUACGACAUCCGCUUUGCAGAGCUUGCACAAGUCUACGCGCAGAGAGGCUGCCAGCUGUUGGUCUAUCCUGGAGCUUUUAAUUUGACCACUGGACCAGCUCACUGGGAGUUGCUUCAGCGAGGCCGGGCUGUUGAUAACCAGGUGUAUGUGGCCACGGCAUCUCCGGCCCGAGACGACAAAGCCUCCUAUGUUGCCUGGGGACACAGCACUGUCGUGAAUCCUUGGGGGGAGGUCCUGGCCAAAGCUGGCACUGAAGAGACGAUCGUGUAUUCAGACAUAGACUUGAAGAAGGUGACUGAAAUACGCCAGCAAAUCCCCAUAUUUAACCAGAAGCGAUCAGACCUCUAUGCAGUGGAGGCAAAAAAGCCCUAAGCCUUCCUUUCCUGGGAACUUUCUAUUGAGAUGAUGGAACUUCAGCACACUGAUACUCUCCACACCAUAUUAAAUAGGCAAAAAGGACUCAGGCUGGGCAUUGAAGAGCGGGAGGAGAAGGGGAUGGUUCCAAACCUUAUUCCAUAAUUAAAUUACGUCAAAGAAGUUGGUAAAAAUAUGAGAUUUGGGUA